CUGUAACUACGAGCAGACUCGUAGGUUUGAGAUAUGUCUGAUGCGUAUUGAGUGUUGGGUGGUAGCUUUCAACAAUAAUCGUGUAUUAUAUACAUCGCGACCGCAUUUUCGAAAAUAUGAGCUUGCUGAGUGCUGCAACUUAGAGUAAUCGGUCGUGUCGUGUUAUACAAAACAAGAUCACCAACAAGGGAACGUCGAAGAUAUCGAGCAUCAAAGAAAUCGUGUUUGAUAAACAGAGAGUGAAAGUGGAGAUAGUCAACAUCGUCUGUCGUGUAGAGCGAAUCUUCUGUUUGAGGGAUAUCCUCUGUCUCCAUGACUUUUAUCUUCAUCAUCUUGAUCAUCUUCUAGUGCUCGAUAAAGAUAAUUCGACUCACCAUGAACGUAAUCACAGGUCAAUUUAUUUUCGUGAUAGAACUAGGUGAUUUCUUAAUUUGGCGAAGUCCUCAGAUGUUUGUUGAGGAGUCGUUUCGUGUAAGACCGCAUUGAAAAAACGUGUUCCCUUACCUCUGGGAACUCCCCCUUCGUUGCGCAUCAUACCUCCAAAAACCCUGGUUGCUCUUUAUGUCGUCAUGAUCAACAGCGUAAUUACUUAUGCGACGUAAGAUUUUUAUGUUUUUCGAUCAUAUCUUCAUCAUCUUCAGGCGACAAACAUUUGAAUUACGCCAACAAAAAUCAAAAUGAUGGCUCUUUCUCAAAAAAUUAGGUCGGACGAACAAUCGUCUUGUUCAGCCCUCCCAGACAUAAUUUCAAUUUCCUUCUCCUAUUCCUCGUCUAGUAUUUCCGGCAAUACUUUCAGACAAAGUUUUUAUCAGAGUCAGAAUAUCUCAUCUUCCAGGAAUUGUAGUUGCAGGAACAAUAAAGAUGGUCGUGCGUGGGUCGGGAACCCGCGUAGUGCCGCCUAAUAUUUCUGCAGCCAUCAACAGUGGAGCUGGGAAAUCGGAAGGGAAAGACGCAAUAGCAUUACACUUCGUGAAAAUAGUACUGCGAACUUUGAUCUGCUUCUUGCUCGGUUUUAUCUUUCUGUCCGAGUGGGUCAUCGAGUCGAUCUAUAGCGGGACCCUCUCAUUCUGGAAAGCGCCGCCAAAAGGGUACUUCAUAGCUGUGCGCAACGCGGCCUCUAGUGGCGGUGUAGCUCCUGAUUUGCGCCGCCCUGCCUCCGGUGCGUCGAGCGCUUCACGAAGCUCAAGCAGCAGCAAAGGAAGUAGCGCAGCAACAGAAUCAAGCACUGCUUCUUCUACUUCAUCUAGUACUGGAGGAGGCAGUGGUUUGUUUUCGUCUAUUCGUAGAAACGCGACGACUUCUAGCAGGGGCGCAGCAGGAGCAAGCGCGUCACCUCCUUCUCCUCUGGCAGCAGACGUUGAGGAGCAAGCGGCCGGGCUCCGACACUACGAGGGCACCGUAACGGGGGUAAAUAUCGCAACCUCUCCUUCGUACUCCUACGAACAAUACGCGACGUUGAAACUUGACAACAAGGCAGGUUAUCAAUUAUCGCAGCUGUUGAAUUACCCCUAUCUACCGCAGCCGUCUCAGAGCGCCUCGUCUUGGGAAGUGGAGCGGCUUCUGGACGUGCAUAACUACCUCGACAGGUACCUCGAAGCCAGUUUCCGCGUUCGCGAGAGGCGGGAGAACAGCACAGCGAAAUCAAACCAAACUUCGAAGUCGAACAAGACCUCUUCUAUCUUCGUCGAGGACGAGAAGUGGAUCAAGGAUUGGGCGUACACGUUCUUCACUCUUGAUUCUCCACCAAGCAAGGGGACGAAUACAACUAGUAGCAGUGGCUCGACGUCUACUUCCUCUUCCUUCUCGAACGGCUCUUCUAGCUCUGCUGCAUCUUCAUCAAAAUACGGAGAUUCGACCGACCCCAGGAGUCGUAGCAUCUUCAGCCGGAGAAUCAGAAACACGACUGGCACGUCUGCUGACCUAUUUGAUCUUGAAGACGAGGAGGAGCAGGAUCUCUGCACCGGUGAAGAGGGAGACUCUGCUGCUUCUUCUGAUGAGGAUCUGCCGUGGGGCGACAUUGCAGAAGACGAGCCCUUAACUUCCGAAGACGAAGGGGAUUUUGACUCUCUAGAGGAGGCCGGAAAAGAAGGCGCCUCUUCUCGCACGAAGCGUCAAGGAACCAGACGGAGUCAGAAACCAAGAAGUUGCAGAUCAUUUUCAUCCAAAAGAGCCUCGUCGAACAAGGACACGACCAAAACCGGCAGAGGGACUCACUCGGCUCUUGACAAAGACCUGAAAGAGCUUCUUUCGAUCGCAGAGCAGCGUCUGAGAAGUAAAGCUUCGUUUAAGAGGUUCUUCAGCGACUCAGUGGACGACGACCAACAGAGGAGUAACGACGAGGGCACUAAGGGCGGCGCUGUGGAGGUACGCGACACCAACAAAGGGAAGCCACGUUCUCACGCGAAGGAUCUGGAUGCAUGGAAAGAGGUUUUGUCUGCUCUGAAAGACAUAGAAAAGCUCGUCACAUCCUCCUCAACGAUCAAAGCGCUGCUGCUAGAAAAGGGGAAGAAAACGAGCAGCCGUCUAGAUCAGAUCCUCGCUUUGCAGGCAACGGAGCGACUCUCUUGGACCACUCGCGAGGUGAUCGACUCCAUCACAUCAGGAAGCGGCAAAGGAACAGAAGCAACAUGUCCAGCGACGACGACAUCAACUACCGUAACGGCCACUAGCCGCGCUCAAGAUAUCGAAGAAGUACCAUCUGAGGAACGCGGUGAAGACGAUCUUAUUCCCCCAUCUGCAUCCUCCACGAGGAGCACGACAUCAAAUCCGGAGGAUCUUGAUCUUCUAGAAGGUUCUACAACAAGUUCUGCUUCGUCCAGCCCAUCUCCCUCCUCGAGUCCAUCUACUCACUCCAUCUCUGGCACGUUUUCCUCCGAGCACCUGUCUAGUCCUGCAUCUGCAGAUACUUCCGAAGACGAUUCCGCUGGACACGAAAACUACGGUACUGGUAGUGACCACGAUCCCAAUCUUGACGAUCUCCAGCUUGAUGACCACUACUACGAGGAGUAUUAUCAAGACGUUGAUGACUUCAUAGAAGAUACAGAUGAUAGUCAAGGAGCAGGAGGGACUCAUCAGGACGACUUCAAUAGUCAACGAGAAAAAAUUUUAGAAGAACAUCAAUCACCAGCGACGAGCUUGAACGACCAGGAUACGGACGUGCUGGCUUCCGAAGAUCUUCCCGUAGCAGAGCUGCCACAAGACCAAGACGCGACGCAAGCUUCCCAGACUGCCCGCGUGGACGAGUUGUAA